AGCUGCUGUGUGUGGAAUGACACAGAGUUAUAUGUCUUUGUGUCCAUUUUUUUGUUUAAAACGGUCCGUUGUGUGCAGCAACACGGUGUCGGCUCUUUUGUUAACACCAGAGAUAAGCUGACCGCACUGCACCCGGACCGCACUGUACACCUUACUUUGUAUCGGACCUUAAACAUUUAAGCAGUUUGCCCCGGGAUUAAUAAAGUUCUUUGGAUCUUGAAUAAAAGAUUACGUCCACUUGGAAAUAACGUGACUGCUCAAAAAAUUUCCUUUAAAAAAUGAGUGAUUGAAGCUGUGGUCACUCGCUCUGCACCUGGACAUCAACACACCCAGACGUUCUCCUUCUACCUUCUUGUUAGUAAAGAGCGCGUGAUUUAUUUGCACUUCCUUGGUCUUUGCACGUUUGCUUGUAAACACUGGGUCCGUAGCUCCGCCUACAUCACAUGUGACCUUUCGAUGUGAUUACGUAGUACGUAGCAUCGCAGACGCUCAUCCCAGAGCUAGCGCUAGACGAGCUUUUGUGGUUAAAAAGUCUACCAUUUUUAUUUUUAAAAGGAAAUGAGUGAUGGUGUGUGUAGAUAAGAUCCUUCUUUCUGGACUGGGAUGGAGGUUUAGAGCUCUGUGAAGCUGCAUUUAAACUGUAUUCUGGAAGGUCAAACUCACAGAGCACCACUGAAGUCCACUAUAUGGAGAAAAAUCCUGGAAUGUUUUUCUCAAAAAACAUCAUUUUUUUUUACCACUGAAGAAAGAAUGACAUGAACAUCUUGGAGGACGAGGGGGUGAGGAACAAGGACAUGGAUGAAGUUCCAUACCUCCUCCUGUACCCAGAAUGCUCAGAGGUGGUCCAUGUGCCUGGGACAGAGAGGUCAGUCCUAUUGGCUGAAUAGAAACAGGAGCAGGGGAAGGCAUACUGCAGGAUCACUUUUUUUCACAUGUCCAGAAAAACACUAUAGAGGAGACUGGUGGGAAUGGCAGGUAAAGUUCCAGCACUUCCUGAAUCCUUUGCUCCGAGUCCUGACAGUGUCUUCUCUGACCAGUUUGGAUUCUUCUCUUUGGACUCAAAUGUUCCUGGCCUCUCCAAAGUCAUCCUGGACAAUCUGAACAUGAAGGACUUCUCAGAGUACAGAGCGGCUCUGGAGGGCAGGGGGAAGGUUGGCUUCCGUUCUCAUAAGGAGAUGUUUCAGAAAAUGGAGGAGACGUUUAAAUUCUGUGCCUGCUGCUCCAAACUCCCCAGAAACCUGCCUGAUCCCUCGCUGCUCCGCCUCUGUGCCAAGUGUCUGAAUGUGUACUACUGCAGUAAAGAGUGCCAGAAGAAGGACUGGAGUCUUCAUAAGAAGUUCUGUAAGAAGCUGCGGGUGGUGGCCAUCGACAGGCUAGUGGACUGGCUACUACACACAGGAGAUCUGCCCUUCCCCACAGAAACAUGGACUCAUCCUGCUAAAGCGGUCCGGUGCUGGGAUGAUUGGCUCUCCAUGCAGGGUGACCUCACCGCACGGAUGGAGCUGAUCCUGUCUGGGAAGAACAUGACUGACCUCUGGACCAACGCUUGCCGGCCACGCCCCGAAGAGGUGGAACUUCGUGAAUCAGUGUGGCGUGUGUGUAGCGAGUUCCUCUCACGUCCACUGACGUUAGGUCUCGGGAUUCAGAUGUUUCUCUUGGACCCGUAUUCGCGACCUCUCACCAUCCACCUGGUGGGGGCGGGACACAACGAGACCCUGGGUGCGAGGACGACAGAUCUGGAUGAGCUGAGUCGUAUGUUCCCUGGACAUCAGGGCCUGGAGGUGGUCAUGGUGGGGCCGGAGGUGGUGAAAGGGCCGAUAAUGAGACCUCCAUUAAGGGCGUUUGGUCCACGAGGAAGAGUCUACAUCAGCGCCUACAAGGGGCUGUACCAUGAGUUCUGGGAGGAGCUUGUGGAGAAAGGAGAGGCAGCAAGACCAGACCUUGUGGUGGGAUUUCAUCCAGGGUUUCAUGCAUCUCAGGGUUUGGGAGAGGGCUGGCUGCCCACACUGCUGCUGCUCCGAGAUUACUGCAUUCCCUCAGUGUUCACCAUGUACAACGAUGGAGAGUUGAAGUACUCAGUGCAGAUCUUGAUGGAGUUGGAGAUGGACAUUAAAGGCACUGGGCCAAAUCCUUUCAGUUCCCAGAAGCCUGAGCAAGUGCAGUCGAGUCCCAACAAAGAGCCGAGCUACUGCAACGCCUUCUACCUGAACUUCCAGGGCCUGCUGGAGGACAAGCUGGAGGAGGAGGACUAGAACUUUCACUAUCACCUUUAACUAAGAUCUGGAGAACCUUGUCACAACCCCAACAAGGACCAAAGCACCUUUCAUCUUCACAAACAAGUUCCUUGAAACCUUCAUUCUCCGCUAAGAAGAAUUUGAGCUCUGAUCAAUCCAUAAAAGAAGGAAGAAGUUCUGAAAUCCUUCAAUUUCCACAAAUAUUAUCUCAGGAAGGAAUCUUUGGUCUUUAAUCACACAUGAAUGACACUAUAACAUUUAAUGUCAUGAAAGAAGAUGUUCUGAAGCUUUAAUCUUAAAGACACACUCUGAGGAACCUUUAAUAUCUCCUCAUGAGUGUGAAGGAAACUUCAGAUGCAGUGUUUAACCUGAAUGUUUUUAACACCUAAACCUUCUCAGUACACAGCGAUGGAGUUGAUUAUAGAAUUGGAAAGAUGGAGAAAAUUGGACUGAAAUCUGUUUUUCUUCCUCCUGAAAUCAGAUCUUUUUUCCUGGAGUGAGUUUUCAGGGUUCUUCAGGUUCAUUAAUCCGCUCAGGAAGCUUCAGUUUUAACCUGCGCUGCCCUCUAGUGGACACACCGAGUAACUGCACAUGUUAGAAACCACAUUUACUGAAAUGUUAGACAUUCGUCUGAAAUAAAAUAAAUGUUCCAGCUGUUCUUCUAUUAAACUGUG